GCAGCCGCGGUCCCACAGACCGACUUCACGUGCCGGUGGCAGCGAGUCCUGUUCCUUCAACAUCCAUGGCUCAGCCGGGAACUCUGAACCUCAAUAACGAGGUUGUGAAGAUGAGAAAAGAAGUGAAGAGAGUCCGAGUUUUAGUCAUCCGAAAACUUGUCAGGAGCGUUGGCAGACUGAAGUCAAAAAAGGGUACUGAAGAUGCACUAUUAAAAAACCAAAGAAGGGCACAACGAUUGCUUGAAGAAAUUCAUGCCGUAAAGGAAUUGAAACCUGAUGUAGUAACUAGAUCUGCUCUUGGUGACGAUAUCAACUUUGAAAAAGUCUGCAAAAAGCCAGAUUCUACUGCAACUGAGAGAGCAAUUGCCAGACUAGCAAUACACCCUCUUCUAAAGAAAAAGAUAGAUGUGCUAAAAGCUGCUGUGCAGGCUUUUAAAGAUACAAGACAAAAUGUUGCUGAAGUUGAGUCACCAAAAAAUGCCUUAGAAGAAAAUCAUUCUGAGGAUACAUUGUGUUCAAGUGAUAAUGAAAGUAAGUUACGUCAUGAAAGAACUAUUUGUAGUGAGCAAAAAAUGAAGAAAUCCAAAAUACUUGCGAGGAAACCAGUAAAUAAUUCAAAGGAAAAAAUGGCCAAGAUGGAACACGGACCCAAAGCAGUGGACAUUCCAAAUUCUCCAUCUAAGCCUUCAAAAAGUGAUCCUGUGGUUUCCUCUGAGCCCAAGAAUACUUCUGCUGACCCCAAACUGAAAACACUAAGUCAAACCAAAAGAAAGAAAAGGUCUGAUAACUCGCUUAGUGGUAGCAGUGAUGGCGAAGAAGAAUUACAUGAAGAGAAGGAAUAUUUUGAUGAUAGUACAGAAGAAAGGUUUUACAAACAGUCUUCCAUGUCUGAGGAUAGUGAUAGUGGUGACGACUUCUUCAUUGGGAAAGCCAGACGGACACGAAAGAAGGAAAGUAGUUGUCAUUCUUCUGUUAAGGAACAAAAACCUCUCCAAAAAGUGUUACCAAAAAAAGAUGCACAUGAAACUCAUUGGGAUAUAAGAAGUGACAAAAAUAAACAAAGUACAGAUGCCCGGAAGUUAGAGUCAGUGUUUUUUCACACUUUAUCUGGAUCUAAAGGCUCUAGAAGAGAUUACAAAGAACAGCCUCCAAAGAGCAAAACCCUUGAUUUUUCACAGAGUGGACCUCAGAUCAAGAAUCAGUUUGAUAAGAAGCCACAAAGAGGACUUGAAAAUACAAAACAGCAAUUGCAGCUGCCUCUUCAUCCUUCAUGGGAAGCAAGCAAAAGGCGAAAAGAACAACAGUCUAAAAUUGCUGUGUUUCAGGGGAAAAAGAUUACAUUUGCUGAUUGAUUAGUGCCUCUUUUUGUGAACUUUUCUAUCUAAAAAUUAUUUUUCUUUUUUUUUAAUUAGUCUGUUAUUUAAACUUGAAUAAGUCUAUUGGAGAAGAGAAUUAUAGAAUGUUUGUUUUUGUUUUUAAGUAAUUUCAAGUUUACGUUUAUUUUUUUACAAAUCAAAUUUGUAAUUAAAUUGAUUUUUAAUUAGUAUCCCCCAUACUGUUUCCUCUAUAAAAGAAUUUUGGAAUCAUAGUGAUCUCAGAUUUUCUCAUGUGUGUUUAUCAUAAUGUAUAUUUCGUUCAUUUGGCUGUUUUUUUGCCUUGAAAAUAAUGUCAACAUAUAUUUAAAAUAAUAAUGGAAAAAGAAGAAAUCAUAUUUAUUUAAAAUAGAUCAGAUCACCUCUCACCUUUAUUAAAAAUUAUUCUUAGCAAAACUAAGAAUAGUAACUUUUAUUAUGGAUAUACAGAUAAGUUAUGCAAGUAAAUAUUAAUUUUAUCAUAGUUUUAAUUACUUGUGAUCAUGCACAGAAAUUUUUGACUGUUCUUAAAUAGUUUUCCAGGACAAUUUCCAAUUUCUUAAUUAUGUUUCAUUUACUUAGGCAAAUUGUUUAAAUGUAGCAACACAACCAAAAACUGGUUUUAUGUUUUACUGCAUAUAAAUAUGUUCAUUAAAUCAAACA